AUGGACAAAUAUGAGCUGGCGGACGUGGUGAUACUCACCUGGGUCUUUGACCUCUUCAUUGCUGUGUCAAUCCGACAGUGUCAGAAUAGCGCAGCAUUACCCCAUCAACCGAUUAUUUCGGUUCAGUACUUAUUCAAAGUUAUCCUGGACCGCGACCUAAUUGCACUCAACUGUGGUGUUGUCGUGCUAGUAGUGAAAAAAAUGGAACAGACAUGGAAUAAUUUAGGGAUAAUCCGAUAUCGACGACCCCGAUCUCGCAGGUCUGCCAACUCUUGGGAUCAUUAUGUUGAGGUCCUGGUUGUGGCGGAUUCGAAAAUGCACGAGUAUCACGAACUCAAUCUCGAAGCUUAUAUACUUACCCUAUUUUCUACUGUAGCGUCUAUUUAUCGGCACCAGUCGUUGCGAGCAUCCAUCAACGUCGUCGUGGUGAAGAUCAUCAUUCUAAAGCACGAAAAUGCCGGUCCGCAUGUCACAUCCAACGCGCAAGACACUCUACAACAGUUUUGUCGAUGGCAACAGUUGUACAACGACGGCGACGAUGAAAGUCCUAAUCAUCACGACGUGGCUAUCCUACUAACACGAGGAGACAUUUGCAGAGCACCGGGCAAAUGCGACACAUUGGGACUGGCCGAGUUGGGCACGAUGUGCGAUGCUGGAAAGAGCUGUGCCAUCAUCGAAGACAACGGACUCAGCGCUGCGUUCACCAUCGCUCACGAACUGGGCCACAUCUUUAACAUUCCUCACGACGACGAGCGAAAAUGUGCGCAAUACAUGCAAUUGGUCAAGCACAACUUCCAUAUCAUGGCUCCCACACUCGAGUACAACACACAUCCAUGGAGUUGGAGCACUUGCUCGAGCAAUAUGCUUGAACGAUUUCUUGACAACAACCGUGGGCAGAUUCAGUGUUUGUUCGAUCAGCCUGUUCAAAGGAAAUACUAUGAACAGCUGUUUGAAGAUGAAGCUCCUGGCAGGAAAUAUGACGUCAGCCAACAGUGUAAAUUUGUCUUUGGACCACAAUCAGAACUAUGUCCGUAUAUGCCGACGUGCCGACGUUUGUGGUGCGCGACAUACUACGGUAGUCAGAUGGGCUGUCGUACGCAGCAUAUGCCUUGGGCCGAUGGCACUCCUUGUGACAAGACAGGCCGAAUGGUUUGUAAAAUGAAUGCGGCGAAGUAUCCAUUUAAAAUUGACUACUGUCAUAAUCUUACCUUUCCUCUCUUAUUACACAUGCUCAAAUACGGUUCGGUUUUCAGCAAUGUCAUCGUGGUGAGUGCGUGUCAAUUGGAGCUGAACAUCGGGCCAAGGUGGAUGGUGGUUGGGGCGAGUGGCGGAUGUGGGAGACGUGCAGUCGCACUUGCGGUGGAGGAGUCCAGAGAGCUCUGCGAGACUGUGAUAGUCCCAACAUCGAUGUUCUUCUUAGCUGGGAUGACUGAUGAACCACUUGCUGCAGCAUCGCAGAUUUUCAGACCUGCAAACGGAGGCAAGUACUGCGUCGGUCAACGAGAACGCUAUCGCUCGUGCAAUGUGGCUGAUUGUCCAUGGGACACUCCGGGUUUCCGCGAAGUUCAGUGUGCAGAGUUCAACAACAAGGAUGUUGGUAUUCAUGGAAUUCCCACGAGAACCACAUGGGUUCCAAAAUACACUGCCGUGGCCGACAACGAGCGUUGUAAGCUGUACUGCCGAGCUGCUGGGAGCGCCGCAUUCUACCUGCUCAAAGAGAAGGUAACUGAUGGUACACCUUGCGAUAGAAAUGGCGAUGAUAUCUGUGUGGAUGGUACGUGCGUGAAGGCCGGUUGCGAUCAUCGCUUGUACUCGACAAUGACUCGUGACAAAUGUGGCAUUUGUGGAGGUGACGGAACAACUUGCAGGACCGUGAAAGGCACCUACAAUGAGAGAGGAUCAUUCGGCUACAAUGCUGUCAUGAAAAUACCUGCCGGUUCCGCGAACAUCGACAUUCGACAGCACGGAUACAACAACCAAAAAGACGACGACAACUACUUGUCGCUUCGAGCAGCGAACGGCGAGUUCCUUUUGAAUGGCCACUAUCAGGUAAGCGUAUUCCGACAGCAAAUCCCCAUCCAAGAUGUCAUACUGGAGUAUUCCGGAAGCGACAACGUCGUCGAAAGAAUCAACGGUACUGGUCCAAUAAGAAUAGACAUCUAUGUACACGUAUUGUCUGUCGGAAAUCUUCUACCUCCGGACAUCAGCUACGAGUAUAUGACUGCCGUCGAGAAUCCACUGGCUAGGAGUGCAUCAGUGAACAACUACCACUGGAGAACCGGCGAUCAAUGGAGCACCUGCGAUAGAAUUUGCCAAGAUAUGGGUCCAAAGAUUAUCUCUUUUAGGUGGGUAACUGAGGACAUGACGCAUUGUUCGGCCCAGUGUGGAUCUGGCGAGAAAAGACAGCGAGUGUACUGUGUGAAAGUUGAAGGUGGUCGGCAGGUGAUCAUCAAAGACGAGGAUUGUGAUCGGUCCAGUCGACCUCUAGAACGAGUGACAUGCUUCGUGGAUUGUUCAGGGAGAAAAUGGAGCUAUAGCGAGUGGUCGACGUGUUCACAAUCUUGCGGUUCUACUGGUGUGUCUCGAAGAAGCGUGUCUUGUGUGGACGAUCAUAACCGCGUAGUCCCCUACCAGCUUUGCAUAGGAGAGGCCAAGGAAGCCGUUGAGAAAGAAUGUAAUCGCUUUCCAUGCCCCAGAUGGGUAUACGGACAUUGGUCAGAGUGUUCUCGAUCCUGCGACGGUGGUGUCCGGAUGCGUCACGCACAGUGUUUGGAUGCGGCCGAUAAGGAGACUCAUUACACACAGUGUGGUCCGAAGGUACGAUUUUCCACUUAUGACUCAAAUGUCAAGAUUCAAAUUGCUUACAUAACACCUCGCUCAUACUGUCCUCAUUAUUGUGUUGUUCAGCACGACCGAGAACCCUGCAAUGAGCACAUAUGUACUGGAUGGUCCUUCGGCCAGUGGUCGACGUGCUCGGUAACUUGCGGUGACGGGGUCCAGACGAGAGACGCGCUCUGUGUGGACCGCAACGGCAGACAGGUCGACUCCGCUAGAUGUAACCAUCGUGAGCGAAUCGUGCAGAAACCUUGUUCCCGACCAGCGUGUCCAUCGUGGAAAGUCGGUGAAUGGACGCAAUGCAGUGUGUCUUGCCAGGAUGGUUGGUCAACUCGUCGUGUUUCCUGUGUGGAUUCUCGAGGCGAAGACAUACAACCAGAGUUAUGUAUGGCGAGCGGGCAGGAACAACCUCCUUCACACAAGCAGUGCAACCAAGGCCCAUGUCCGUUCUGGAGAACUAAGGAAUGGAGCGCGUGUUCGGUGACAUGUGGCUCGGGAUUCAGACGUCGCACAGCUGAGUGUAUCUACAGAGAACAAAUAGUGGAUCACUCGUUCUGUGGAGAUUUCAGUCCGCCAACAACACAACAGCCAUGCAACUUGGUACCUUGCACAUCAUGGGAGGUAUCCGCAUGGGGACCAUGCUCUGUGACAUGUGGUAAUGGCACACAGACUCGUCGUACUCACUGCACAUCUGGACCGAUGAAGGAGCCGGUGAAGGACUUUCUUUGUGAUAAGGUAUCUCGACCACGCGAAAGAAGAACCUGUGAACGCGAUGCUUGCGAAACGCAAGUGUCAGAUCUGAUUGCUCAACCUGCUGAUAUGCCCCCAAUUAGAUGGGCCACUGGACCAUGGUCUGAAUGCUCUGCAACGUGUGGAAAUGGAACUCAGAGAAGAUUGGUGAAAUGCCGUGACCAUGCACGAGACUUGCCAGACGAAUACUGCUGGGAUUUGGAAAAGGUUGAACACCAGCGUCCAUGUCGUGUGAAAGUUUGCGCGUACUGGAGAAGUGGCCCAUGGAUGCAGUUGCAGUGCCCUGCCACGUGUGGCGCUCACGUGCAGCAAUCGCGCAGUGUGAUCUGCACGUCGAGGAGCCCCGAUGAGAGCGCCAGCGAAACGGACUGCAACGUUGCCGAGAGGCCACCGUCGAUGAGGUCGUGCAAGCUGAGCGUUUGUCCUAAAGGAGAACCACCACUUGGAACGUGGAUUAGUGGCGAAUGGUCCAAGUGCUCGGUGACGUGCGGUGGAGGAUGGCGACGUCGUACCGUGAGAUGCGACGGCCUUAUUUGCGACGAUAACGAAAAGCCAAAGAUGUUCGACGAAUGCAAUGUACCGCCCUGCCCGCCGAAAAGCAACAACACCUGGCAGAUCUCCCCAUGGAGUCACUGUUCCGUGACCUGUGGUGGUGGAGUGCAACGACGUCGCAUCUGGUGUGAGGACGCAGUGAGUGCUAAGUUGCAAAGCGACAGCGAAUGUCGUGAUGCGAAACCAGAGGAACAGCGCGACUGCGAACUUCAGCCGUGUCCGUCGUCACAGCUGUCACGAGCAACGUGGCAAACAACACCGUGGAGUCCGCUGAGUACUAGAUGCAAGAAUGAAUGGAGCGUGAUGAACUGGUCGGAGACCGAGCCGUUGCAGUGCUCGGCGAAGUGCGGCCGCGGCGUGCGACGCCGCGCUGUCGCCUGCGUCGACCUGGCUACAAACGCGACGCUCGCCAGCUCGCGCUGCGACGCCGCGUCGCGCCCCAUAGACGAGCACAAGUGUCGCGUCAUGCAUUGUCCGCGCUGGAGAGGAACACCAUGGUCCGCGUGUUCGACAACCUGUGGACAAGGGGUCCGUCAUCGCGAAGUGUUUUGCCAAAGAGGACGUCGGAUGCGCGCUCCCGAUUCCGUCUGUGAUGCAGCUCGUAGGCCACCUUCUACCGCGAACUGCUACCUAACUGCCUGUCCAGCGUACCACUGGACUACGACGAUCUGGUCCAAGUGCGUGGAUUCGUGCGCACGUGGUGAGCAGCAUCGGCGCGUGUACUGCGUGAAUAACGCAGGAAAACGCGCAGCACCUCGCAUGUGCGAGGCUGCCAUUGCUCCGCUGAGCAAGAGACAAUGCGACAUCUCCAACUGUCCUUACGAAUGGGUUCCGGGUCCUUGGAAUACUGUUCAUAGUUAUGAAGGUGAAAUCAGAGAACGCUGUUCCAAGACGUGUGGGAAAGGGACCCAAUUCCGCCUUGUAGAGUGUCGUGUGAAGACGCUGAACUCUACCAAAAACAUUGAGCCAGCCGUACCAAAGGAAAAAUGUGGUGCUCUUCCAAUGCCAAUUGAGUCACAAGAAUGCGAUUUGAAUGCCUGCGAAUCGGAGUUCCAGUGGCAGAUCGGGCCGUGGGGGGCGUGUUCGCAAACGUGUGGACAAGGGGUUCGUCGCCGCAAGGUGCGCUGCUACAACCGUGUUGGGAUUCUCGUGGCUCGAAACAAUUGUGAGCAGAAAUCUGUUCGCCCUCGUCGAACGCAGACAUGUUUCCUUAGAAACUGUAAGUUUUUCUGCCAUGAAAUUUACUCUGGUAGAUUGUGA